AUGGUUAUCAACAACCCUUCAACCUCCAACKGCCUAUGGUCAAACACUAACCCCACCCGACAGUCUUCCACCAACCAAUCUCCCGCGCGCAACAUCCGCGGCGUGGAGAACCUCAUCACCGAGCCAACUCCCAUCGUGACCUGUCCUUUCCGCAACGGCUUCCAGCGCAUCAACGUGGAAGCUUUCAUGGGCGAGCAGCAGCUCCAAGACCGACCUCUCGCAGUACGCUGCAUGAUCAGCGCUUGGGCUAGCAUGCUGAACCUCGGACGCAAGGGGGAGGCCAAGGCGAUCUGGGAGAUGGGAACGAAGGCUUUUGAAGAGGGGAUCUGGGAGAGCACCGUUGAGCAGUGCUUGAAGGGGUCGAAACCGGAUGGUGAGCAGGAGAGUCUUGAGGAGGGCGGUGUGCCCGUGAGUGAGAAGUAG